AUGAGCGGAAUUUUUGAUCCGUUUGAAAAGGUGCGCGGCUUCCGCUACUCGGGCGGGGUCGUGGCCGCGUACCCCCUGAGUCCCAAGACCAAGAUUCCGCCGUCGAUCAAGCGCCCGAACUAUGGUCGCGAAGCGCUCUUUACCUCGCGCAAAAUCAAGGUGAACUCGAUCGAGGAGCAGGCGGGCGUGCGCCUUGCCGCGAAGCUCGCGCGCGAGGCAUUGGAGGAAGUCGCGGCAAAUAUCCGGCCGGGUAUCACCACUGAUGAGCUCGACAAGAUCCUUGUGAAUGCAGCGAUCCAACGCAACUGCUACCCCUCGCCGCUCGGCUACCACGGCUACCCCAAGAGCGUCUGCACCUCGGUGAACGAGGUGAUCUGCCACGGCAUCCCCGACCAGCGGCCGCUCAAGGACGGCGACCUGCUCAACAUUGACGUGACGCUCUUCCACAAUGGAUUCCACGGCGACCUGAACGCGACUUAUCCGGUGGGCGAAAAGGCGGCCAAGGACGAGUCGCUGAUGCGUGUCAUCCGCACCGCACGCGAGUGCCUCGAUGCCGCGAUCCAAAUUUGUGGGCCGGGCAUGCCCUACGCCGAGAUUGGCCAUGUGAUUGCCCCGAUUGCAGAGCGCAACGGAUGCGCGGUCGUGCGCAACUAUACCGGACACGGCAUUGGGCGCGUGUUUCACGGACCGCCUACCGUCUUCCACCACCCUACCAAAAAGGCACACGGCAUCAUGCAGCCGGGCCACAUCUUUACGAUCGAGCCCAUGGUCAACCUGGGCUCGGAUUGGCGCGAUAUGGAAUGGCCGGACGACUGGACUAUUGCUACGGUCGACGGCGCCUUGUCUGCUGCGGCCGAAGAGACUCUGCUUAUUACCGACAACGGCGUCGAGAUCCUCACCGCCCAAGGCGGCGCCCGCCGCUUGGACACGACCGAGGCGCGGCAGCGCCAAAUGGAGGCGCGCCUCGCACGAGCCGCGACAUAG